AUGAGGUUCGCAAUCGAGGAGAUAAACAACUCAAGUUCUCUUCUGCCAAAUGUCACCCUUGGGUAUGAGAUAUUUGAUGAUUGUGCAAUUACCAUCGAUAUCCAGGGAUCAUUUGCUUUUGUGUCAAAGCCUUCAGAACAUGCGGUGAAAACAGUCCAGUUUGAUCACAGAUACCAGCCUUUAGCCUCAGUACUGAUUGGUCCAUUGAAAUCAGAUGCCGCUGUCAUCACAUCCAACAUUCUCAGCUUGCUCGAUGUUCCUCAGAUUAGCUAUGGAGCCUCCAGUGAGCAACUGAGUGACAAGACAGAAUAUCCAAACUUUAUGCGAACCAUCCCAAAUGAUGAGAAUCAGAUUGAAGCAAUUAUUCUAUUGAUCCAGAAGUUUCGGUGGAAUUGGAUCACAGUGAUUGGGAGCAGCAGUGACUACGGGGAGAUUGGAAAACGCAAAAUGAUCUCAGGUGCCACUGCAGUGGGAAUCUGUGUGGCAUCUUAUGGCACAAUCCCACAGCACGAAUUAGAGUCAAAGCAGGAAAUUAUCAACAUUAUUCACACCAUCACUGCCAAUAAAGUCAAUGUUAUUGUCGUGUUCGCUGAUGUCCAUCAUGCAGAACAUUUCUUCCAGGAAGUGGUAGCCAUGAACAUCACUGGAAAAGUGUGGAUUUUAAGUGAAGCUAUGUCUGUCAAGAGAACACUUUCACAAAUCCCCAACAUUAAGAGAAUUGGCACUAUCUUAGGGAUUGCAAUAAUGCAGGGUCACAUGCCAGGAUACGACAAAUUUGUAUUACGGGAUAUCAUUGCUUUGAAUUCUGGUGUCAGUCAAAGCAUAAAAUACUCUGAAAAACAGAGGGAAAGGCGAGACUGCCCAGAUAAUAACUUCCUGGCUACCUGCAACCAAUGCAUCCCAUGCACAACAGAUGGUGUCAAGUCACUGUUACAGUAUUCGGAGUGGCGCAUUGAAUUUAAUGUGUACUCUGCUGUGUAUGCUGCAGCCCACAGUCUACAUCAGUUACUUCAGUGUGAUUCAGGAAACUGCAAGAAGGAAAGUGCCUACCCAUGGCAGCUUCUUAAGACUCUGAAGACAGUCAAUUUUUCCCUUAAUGGAGUGCCAAUUUCUUUUGAUGAGAAUGGAAACCCCCCAACAGGAUAUGACAUCAUUUACUGGGAUUGGAAACAUGAGGUUGUUUCCUUCAAUGUGAUUGGGUCAUACAAGCCCAAACCAGGACGGCUUCAAAUUGAUAGCUCCUUGAUCAAAUGGAAUUCACCAGAAGAGUGUAUACCUUGCAACCCAAACCAGUGGUCACCCUCAAAGAGCACGAUUUGUCAUAAUAGAUACAUGGUGUACCUGAGAUGGAAUGAGAAUAUUUCUAUUGUGAUAGCUUUGGCAACAGGAAUUGGACUGGUUCUGAAAGUAUUGAUUGGUGCCAUCUUUGUCAUUUAUUUUGACACUCCCAUUGUCAAGGCUGCAGGAGGGAAGUUGUGCUUUGUCCUUUUGUUGGCCUUAGCCUUCAGCUGCAGCAGUGUGUACUCCUUCAUUGGGGAACCUAGUCCUGGGAUUUGUAUCACCAGGAAGCUGUUAUUCACAGUCAGCUACACAACUUGCUUGGCAUGUCUCCUCGUGAGGUCUUUUCAGCUUGUGCUUAUCUUCAAAAUGGCUAGCAAGUUGCCAAAGGCUUACAGUUAUUGGGUUAAAUACAAUGGGCAGUAUAUCUUUGUGUUUAUAAUGACUGUCAUUGAGAUCACAUCAUUCUUCAUAUGGAUAAUCCGUAAGAUUCCAGUUUUUGAGAGGAUCAAUGAUAUUUCACAAACUGAAAGCAUUCUGACGUGUGGUCCCACAAAUUUUCUUUUUUCACUCCUGUCCUUUUGUGGACCUAUCUUUCUCUGCUUGCUUUGCUUUAUGGUUUCCUACCUGAGUAAAGAUCUCCCCAAAAACUACAAUGAGGCUAAAUACAUCACCUUCAGCAUGGCCGUGGUCUUGAUUUCCUGGAUAUUCCUGUUUUUGGUGAUUUUCUCCAGUCCUAACAGUUUCAUACCUUGUGUUGAAGCAGCUGUUGUUCUUCUGAAUACCUAUUCCAUCACUGUCGGAUAUUUCUUACCAAAAUGUUACAUCAUUCUCCUUAAACCAGAGCGCAACACCACUGCCUUUUUCCAAACCUGUAUCCAACAAUACACCAGGAACAGGGUAACUCCUCAACCAUAG